AUGGGGACUGCGGCGGCGGCUGCGGCGGCCGGGGAGGGGGCGCGCGGCCCGAGCCCCGCCGCCGUGUCGCUCGGCCUGGGCGUGGCCGUGGUGUCGAGCCUAGUGAACGGGUCCACGUUCGUGCUGCAGAAGAAGGGCAUUGUGCGCGCUAAAAGGCGAGGUACUUCCUACUUAACAGACAUCGUGUGGUGGGCCGGCACAAUUGCAAUGGCUGUUGGCCAGAUUGGAAACUUCCUAGCUUACACUGCGGUCCCUACAGUCCUGGUGACUCCCUUGGGUGCCCUUGGAGUACCAUUUGGGUCCAUUUUAGCUUCUUAUCUUCUGAAGGAAAAACUCAACAUCUUGGGCAAGUUGGGGUGUCUGCUAAGCUGUGCAGGUUCUGUUGUGCUGAUUAUCCAUUCCCCGAAGUCUGAGAGUGUGACAACUCAGGCUGAGUUGGAGGAGAAGCUGACCAACCCAGUGUUUGUGGGCUACCUGUGCAUUGUGCUGCUUAUGCUGCUGCUGCUGAUCUUCUGGAUUGCACCAGCCCAUGGGCCCACCAACAUCAUGGUCUACAUCAGCAUCUGCUCCUUGCUGGGGAGUUUCACUGUGCCUUCCACCAAGGGCAUUGGGCUGGCAGCCCAAGACAUCUUGCACAACAAUCCAUCUAGUCAGAGAGCCCUCUGCCUGUGCCUUGUGCUCCUGGCUGUCCUGGGCUGCAGCAUCAUUGUCCAAUUCAGGUACAUCAACAAGGCCCUGGAGUGCUUCGACUCCUCUGUGUUUGGGGCCAUCUACUACGUCGUGUUUACCACGCUGGUCCUACUGGCUUCAGCCAUCCUCUUCCGGGAGUGGAGCAAUGUGGGCCUGGUGGACUUCUUGGGCAUGGCCUGUGGAUUUACAACUGUCUCUGUGGGAAUUGUCCUUAUUCAAGUGUUCAAAGAAUUCAAUUUCAACCUUGGGGAGAUGAACAAAUCCAACAUGAAAACAGACUAAGACGCAACUGAUGGUCGGGGGCUUGAAGAACAGGCGUUGGGAGGGGUCUGUGGUUUUGACUAGAUGUCAAGUGGAAAAGACUCAGGGAGAGUUGCCUGUGUACUAACUAAUGAACUAGUGGACAAUAGGGAGCCUUGCUUUGCACCAGGGUAGGGUCCAGACCUCUGCAGUACAAAGCUCCCAAUGGUUGUCUGGGUGUAAACUCUCUCUGAUGAGAUAAGUCCUGUUUUCAUUUCCAUUAACCUAGACGCUUUCAUAAUUACUUGUUUAGAACAGUUUAACAUGAUUUAACCAGAUAAUAAGGGUGAGGUCUUUCUAGUUAGUCUUUGUAGGGGAGCAGAUGUUCUUACCUAAGGACCUUGGGAAAGAAAGAAACUGUUGUGAAGUCUGACUCUGUACAGUACACGUGGCUGACUGUCUGUGUUAAGCAUGUUUAGCAUUCAGGUAGUUUACUCAAAUAAGAGGUGUGUGAAUUGAGUUGUUGUUAGUCCUUUAACAACCUGACUCUCCUACAUGUACCCCGAAACAGUAGUGAGCAGAGAGAGAAGAGUUAAUGAUGGUGGUGCAGAGUUCCAUUGACAGGGUGACUUUCCAGUAGCUCAAAUCGAUUUUAGUGCCUUUAUCAUUUGAAUUGUUCACUUAAUUUAACUACUGCGUGUAUAUGUGAAAUGUUCUAAUUAUAGAUAUGUAAAGCACUUAGAAAAAUACUGUGUUCAGUGGAAGAUAGUGAAAACUAAAGAUACAGAAAAAAAUCUAAAAGUGACCCAUUUCUGUAUCGUCCAAUUAAGGACAACUGAUUAAUUCUGAAGAGAUAUUUUAUUUUCACUUAACCUGUGUCACUUGGAUCCAUUAUGAAAAAUACCUGCUUUCUGUUUCAGGAGGCAUUGUAUCCAUUCAGAAGAAAUAAACUAUUCAACUUGACAAUAAGGUUGUUAAAUUAGAGAGUUUCUAUUAAGUACAUACCACAGGAGUUUAGUAAAAGUACCUCAGUAUAGGAACAGGCCAAGGACACAGCUUAGGACUGUUUCUACGAAGGGUAAUGUUUCUAGCAAAGAUGAAAACAGUUUAGCCUUCUUGUUGUUUGAAAUGGUAGAAGCUUCUAAAGUUCUUACCAAACAUCUUACUAAAUCUUCUGACUGUAUGCAAGACCCUGGGUUUGAUACCCAGCAUCAAAAACAAACAACAAAGCAAACAACCUUCUUAAAUGGAAAAUAGCUCUUAAUCAUGCAGCGUUUUAGAUCUGAAAUGAUUCUUCUUGCCAUAGUAGCCGUCCCUGUAUUAAACUGGAGCAAGGUACAAAGUGAUACAAUAUAACAUAUUAGAUACCGUAUUAUGAUGUUGUAUAUUCCAUAAGCUCUGUUUUAUCUAAAUGGAGUGUGCCAAGUUUAAAAAUGGAGUUGGAUAAAGUAAAUUAGGUGAGGUAGAACAUGAACUUUAAUAAUACCCAAUUAAACUACUCACUAAGGCAAAAAUGUACUUUUCCAGAUAAAAAGAGCAUUUCUAAAGUAAAGACCCAAAGACUAGUUCACUGAACUGUAGAAUAAAAAGGGUAAGUAAAAUACUAGUUUAACAUAAGGGGAUCUGGUUAUCCGGCUCAUUUGUCACAUUCAGUGAAUUGAAAGUAUGAAUGAUGACCUCGGUGUAUCAGUCAGUGAUUUGUGAACAGCAAAAAAAAAAAAAAAAAAAAGAUUUAAACAGUUGAAAACCUUGCAUAAAGCAGUAGUUAGUAAAUGUUCAAGUUCAUUCUUUUUUUGUAUCAGCUCUUCAAAAUUGUUUUUAAUCAUCACCUUAACUUAAAUGUUUGAACAGAACAUAAUGGGAAAGUGUUAUGUAGCAGGAUCAAUAUAAUUUUAACAUUAAGGUUUCUGAGGUAAGAAUAUGCUAUGCAAGGAAGAAAUUUAUAAUGUGGAAAUGACUUUGUUCAUUUUGCUACUUACUGUGGAGCUUAGUUAAAUGCAUCUGUUGAUGUACCUGAAGUUUUAGUCCACAAUUACACCGCGAAUAUCCAAAGGUGUUAAUAUUUUGUGUGUGAAGCAAAAUUUCAUAGUAUUAAUAGUUCUCCUAAGUUCUGGAACAGUGAGACCACUCAGGUUUCCAUCUGGUCAGCAGAUUGCUUCAGUAGGAUGCAUGCUUUUGUUCUAGAGGAACUCAUUGCUUUUCAAGUCUGAUAGUAAUGUCCCAGUAACCGUCAGGAAUAGAAUCUAAUUUUCAAAUUCAAUAUAGUGCACUUAGAUGUAUACUUACUACUAUUUUACAAAUUCAGUUUUCAUAAUUCACUUAGAAACGCAAAAGAAAAUAAAAUCUCCCAAGUAAGAGCUUGGUGGGAAAGUCUAGAAUGCAAAUGAAUCUCUUAUUAGUCUCCCCAACAGGAAACACUUUCAUUAUGACAUAUUUUGGGGGUUUUAUUUCCGAUAAAACUUAAGAAAACAAUGCCUACUAUGUACAUUUUUUUUCAAGUCUUUAAAAUCAUCAAAAUAAAAAAUGUUGGUAACAAUUUAGAGAAUUACUCUUGGAAGACAUUUAGGCUAUUUCUCUCCUCUUCUACUUGGACAAUGCCCUUGCUCAUAAAUAUCUUUACAUUUGAAAAGGUUGUUUUCUGUUUUAAGUACUGAUCAAGUGUAGGAUCAAUUAGGCAUUCCUUCUGGAACCCAGAUGCAGGAUACAUCUGGAGUGUUUUUCUGGGCUGCACAAAGGCUGUAUCUGUGGAGGUUCUCGAGGAAGCAGGCAGAAUUGCCCACACUGGGGCCUUUGGAGAGGAACUGUUGCCAGUGCCCUAGCUGAUCAUUAAGACUAUCACUAUAGUUGUUUCUAGUAGAAUAUCAGUAAAAUAUAUUUUGCUGCUGUUUGUUCAACAAUAAGAUUCUAUUUCUACAUUCAAGCCAUUUUGUUCUGCUUAAUUUUAUUUCCAGUUCAUCACAGAAAUAAUAUAUUAAUCUUUUUCCUUCACUAGGUUUCACAUGUUUAUUAGUUUUUUUUUUAAGAUUUAUUUACUUAUUUUAUGUAUAUGAGUGCUUUGUUGACCCAAAGCCAGAAGAGGGCAUCAGCUCCCACUAUAGAUGGUUGUGAGCCACCAUGUGGUUGCUGGGAAUUGAACUCAGAACCUCUAGAAGAGCUGCCAGUGCUCUUAACUACUGAGCCAUCUCUCCAGCCCCCCACAUCUGUUUUCUUAUUUCUUUGUUUGGUACUAGGAAAUUGAAACAUAGGCAUUAUGUGUGAUAGGCAGGAGUUUUACCUUGGAGCUUCAUCCCUAGCCUGCUCAUGUCCACUUCUGCUAGACCCGUAUUCAAACAUACAGUCAUAGAGUCUCGUCCUUUGUCUCCCACGGCUCAAUUACUGGCAAACGCCAUGAUGAACUUUUAGAAGAUGGUCUCUAGGCUUCUGUAAAGUACUCAGAUGCAGUGCUUUUUAGAUGUGGAAAAACAUGAUCUGUAGAAACAAAUAUUGAUGAGCAUAGACUACUGCCUUGCAGCAUAAUUUGUUUUCUCUUUAACCCCUUAAAAGGAGUCAUAUCAUGUAUCCCAGGCUGGCCUUGGACUCCCAAUCAUAUUCCCUCAACCUCCCCAGUGCUGGAAUUACAUGCAUGUAUCAUUACACUGGGCCUCCUGAGUAUUAUAAUUUUUGUUAGCAGUGGUAUUUUUAUUCCACACUGAUCUAGCAGAGCAGAGUUCCUCUCUGAUGCCUACUCAGUCUUGGUCAGUAUUCCUGUGACCUUUAGGAAGACCUCAUGACUAUAUGAAUGAGGUCCAAGGAAGGAUUCUUUGUGUGUCUGACCCCAAGGGGCUUGCUGAUCUGUUAAGCAGGACUGGAUAGAAUCUUGGUGUUAAGCCUUCUCAGGGACCAAAACUGUAUUAUUAGCUCCUUAGCACAGACUUUCUAAGGACAUAGCCACAUUUUUCCUUUGUUUUACUUAUGUUCAUUGCUAGAUUCUGUUGAGUUGGCAAAAGGUCACUUGUUGCACCAAUCACAUUACAAGCUAGUUCACCACAGAGAAGGCCUACACUUUUUGUAUUUCUCAUUUACACAUGACAGUUGUUACUGGUGAAUUUUAAGGAUCUGUUAUUUAGCUCUUAAGUGAUUUUUUCACAUCUGGCAAGAUUCGUAUACUGUAUUAUACAUUCAAGGAGAUUAAGUAUUAUAGGAAUAGUAAUGAGAGUUUAGCCCAAUAUCACUACUCAUUUUUUGUCAUACACAUUUUUCAUAUGUUAUUAAAUGCAACAAAAGAAUAUUUUUUAAAAGUAAUAGCUGUUGCAUCAAAAGAUAUCUAUUAAAAAAUUGAUACUCUGUAGAAAAAAAUGACCAUGUAAAUAAAUAUUUAUUUCAAAUGUACCCAAAGCAAUUUAAAAGUAUAGUCAUAGGCCCAUGGAUUCAGGGAGGAUUUAUUUAUUUAUUUAUUCAUUUUUAAAGAUUUAUUUUUAUUUCAUGGUUAUAUGGGCACUUUCCUGCAUAUGUGUAUGUGCACCACCUGCAUGCAGUAUCUGCGGAGGCCAGAAGAGGGCAUGGGAUCCCUUGGAACUGGAGCUACAGCAGGUUGUGCACCACCACGUGGGCCCCAGGAAAACAACCUAAGCCCUCUGCAAUAGUAACAAAGGUUUUAAGCACCAAGCCAUCUCUCCAGCUCUAGAGGACUUAUUUUUCUUUUCUCAAUUUUCUCCUGAUUUGUGAAAAUAUAUGUGAGUUUUUUUAACCUUCCUGUGCCUCAGUUUUUCUACCUCGAAAGUUGUGGGAAGGUUCUUCAGAUUGAUGAACUAAGAGUAUGUUUAGCACUCUGGAAACCUUAGGUUAGAGCACCAUGCUGAGAACUGCUCUGGAUGAGGUGUGAUGAAACUCAGCUUGCAGACUUUGGAGCCUGAUCGAGACUACGGAAGAGCAUGUAGCCUUGAACACCAAACAACUAAAGGGAACACUGGGUAUGGAGUUUGCAUGAUUCCUUAAGACUUAAUUUUGUUUAAGGGUUUACACGUUUUGUUGUACAAUGAGAAAAUAAAACACUGACUUAAAAAAAAAAACCAUUGAGAGAUCAAAUUAUGACGGUGUGAUAGUUCCUUUUAUGUUCUCCUUGGUUUUGUGCUGCAUAUAUGACCCAUCAAUUCUGUUGCAUUGACUUUGUCAUGAGAAGUGCUGAAAUUCCUGCUUCUAAGCACCUUAGCCCUGAUACUGAAUUAUCUGAUGCCAGGAGAAUGUCAGGAGCUCCCAAAACACUAAUGCCAAAGAGUCACCUUGAAAAAUUCAGAAGAUUUCUUUUAUUUGUUAUAACACCUUGCAUUUCACUAAUCAGUGUUUUUGCACUUUAUAAAAAUUUAAAGGUGUGGCUUUUCAGUUGUAUUCCUUUUUUUUUCUUUUUCUUUCUUUCUUUUUGCUUUUUAAAAGGAUAAUUAUUAUUUCCUUGUGAAAUGAAUAUAAUGGGAGAAAGAACAUAGAUUAAAAAGAAUGCCAAAUGUUGAUUGCAGAAAAGAGUUUUUUUUUUUUUCACAUAAAUGUAUUAGGGGAAAAUGUUUCCAGUUAGUACACAUACAUAAUAAUCAGUGUCUAAGACUUGCUUAUAUUUUGCUUCUUAGAAGUAGUCAUAGCAUGUUAUAAUUGCCUUAUGUAGAUAAAAAGGCUAUUAAGUUUUCCAAUAAUAUUUAUUAUUCUGUAUAUGUUUUAAAAUAAAGUAACAUUUCUAGCUGA